CGAGGCGCUGGAGGCGGAUGGCCAGGCGGGCGAGGCGCUGGAGGCGGAUGGCCAGGCGGGCGAGGCGCUGGAGGCGGAUGGCCAGGCGGGCGAGGCGCUGGAGGCGGCGGGCGAGGCGCUGGAGAGCUGCGCCAUGCUGUGCGCGCGCCUGGCCACGGCCCAGCCGCGCCGCGCCGCACGUCUGGCGCUGCCGCUGCUGCGACUCAACGCGCGCCUCCCGCUGGGCGGCGGGCUGUCGAGCGGCACGUGGCGCGAGGUGCGCUCGUCGUGGCAGGACUGCGUGGCGGCGCUGGCGCCCCGCGACCUGGCGCCCUUCCUGCACGGCGCCGCGCAGGCGCUGUGUGACCUACUGUACACAAGUAGCAGCCGUGUUUUGGACACUACGGAAAUUGAAAACGUAUUGUGCUUAUGCCCUUACCUGUUCGAGCGCUGCGACGAGGCCGACGAGCCCGUGGACGUGGCCGCCGUGGUCCAGUUCACCCGGGCCCUGUUCCGCGCCGCCGCGCCCCCCGCGGGCCCGCGGCCCCGCCUGCAGUACUGCGCGCUGCGCUAUCUCGCCAUCACUGCGCAACUCAACUGCAUCUUCGACGACGACGAAAUCAUGGCGGCCAUUAUCAAGGACGCGCACGCCACGGACGUGAAGGAUAUUUGCAAGGAGGACUUUCUCAGUUAUGCAAACGAAAUCCUUCUGAGAGCGAUCUAUUUGCGAAUCAUGUUUUCGCACAAGGUGAGCUCGCCCGACGACGAUGACGCUUCGACCGACAGAUCUUGGUGCGACGUUUUACUGGCGGAUGACCACUUAUUGGGUGAAUUCUGUGAGGUCAUGUAUGACUACGCAGUCGUCGAAACACUGCACGAGGCGUACGCAUUCUGGCCGCACUACGAGCUGCUGCGCCGGGGCUGGGAGGCGCUGCGCGGGCGCGCGCUGCACCGCCUCGUGCCGGGCCUGCAGCCGCCCGCCCUGGACUGCGCGGCGCAGGACCUCAUGUCCGGGAACGGAUUCUUCCACAGCCUGCAGAUGCAGGCGGACGCGGGCGAGGCGCUGCGCGUGCGCCGGCUGGUGGCGCUGCGCAGCUGGGCCGCGGCCACGGGCGCGGCGCCAAUGGACCCGGCGUCGGCCGCGGCCACGGGCACGGCGCCAAUGGACCCGGCGCCGGCCGCGGACCAGGACCUGGACGUCUUCGUCGCCGCAUACUACGCGCAGCCGUCGUCCAUGCUUUUCGACAGAAACAUAUCGGAGUGCUCGUGGGCCGACGUCGCCAACAACGCGGCCGUGCUGGAGCUCAUGGCGGCCGCCGUGGAGGCCCGCGGCUGGCAGGCCAGCGCCGCCGCCUGGGACUUCGUCAACAUCGCGCUGUGCUCGCUGCUGGGCUCGGCGCGGCGCUCGCUGGCGGGCUGGGGCAGCGCGGCGCUGGCGGCGCUGCUGAUGAUAAGUACGGAGUUUUGCGAUAACGUACUAUUUUCACGGUCAGUCGGAUCCGAUGGUUAG